AUGUCUGAUUCUAUAAACUCACGAAAAGUGGUUGGGCGAGAGAGUAGAGACGAAUCGGGUAGUGAGAGUUAUGAAGAUAAUAGCGAACAUCCGAUUCCGUCCGACAAUGCCAGUGCACCGGCACCUCAGGGCAUGCCUGUUCUGGAAUUUAAAACUUUUAUGCAAGCUCUUAAUGAUAUUCUAACACAAUUUCAACCUCCUCCGCCUCCCCCUUCUCUUUCAGCAAUGUUGGAAAGUUUACAAUGCUCUCAUCAUGAGAAACUGGGUGGAGCUGUUUCAUUACUUAGAGGAUCAGCUCGGGUAUGGUGGAUAAACGCGACGAUGUAUGUGUUGCCCGAGCAGUUAGGGAGUUUCCAAAAGUUUUUUCCUGAUGAGUUAUCGGGUUUGCCUCUGGAUCGUGAAGUUGAUUUUAGAAUAGAGGUUUAUCCGGGUACUGAACCUGUUUCUAUGGCUUCGUAUCGGAUGUCUCCACCAGAUUUAAGGGAACUAAAGGCUCAGUUGCAAGAAUUACUCGAGAAAGGAUUUAUUCGACAUAGUGUCUCUCUGUGGGGAGCUCCUCAAGUGAAAGCUGAACAUCAGGUUCCAUCCGGGUUACUUCAGCCUAUAUCUAUUCCUGAGUGGAAGUGGGAGAAGGUCAAGAUGGAUUUUGUUUCAAGGCUACCGCUGCCUCACCCCCAAACCCCUCAUCUUGACAGAACCGGAAGGAAAGAGAAGGAAGUGACGGCAUUUGACCCAAGAGCCAACGACUUUGACCUCAUGUAUGACCAAGUUAAGGCUCUCAAGAGUGGAAUUGCCGUCGAGAAACCUAUCUGCAACCAUGUUACGGGUCUCUUGGAUCCUCCUGAGCUAAUUAAGCCUCCAAAGAUCCUUGUUAUCGAUGGGCUGCACCCCAUGUUUGAUGAGCGUGUAAGGGAUCUGUUGGACUUCAGUAUCUAUUUGGACAUCAGCAAUGAGGUCAAAUUUGCAUGGAAAAUUCAGAGGGACAUGGCUGAGAGAGGACACAGCCUUGAGAGCAUUAAAGCCAGUAGCGAAUCCAGGAAGCCCGAUUUCGAUGCCUAUAUUGAUCCUCAGAAGCAAUACGCUGAUGCAGUGAUCGAAGUGCUGCCGACUCAGUUGAUUCCGGACGACAACGAGGGGAAGGUUUUGAGGGUUAGGUUGAUAAUGAAAGAAGGGGUGGAGCAUUUCAGUCCAGUUUACCUGUUUGAUGAAGGCUCAACCAUCUCAAGGAUACAAUGCGGAAGGAAGCUCACUUGCUCUUACCCUGGCAUCAAAUUCGCCUACGGACCCAAUUCGUACUUCGGCAACGAGGUAUUCUUCCUUCUCCUCCGUGCAUCCCUGAACUCUGGAGUUGUGUACUUCUUGUUAACCCAAUUUGAUAGAUUAGAUGAACUGAUUUACGUUGAAAGCCAUUUGAGCAACCUAUCUACCAAGUUCAAUGGAGAAGUAACUCAACAAAUGCUGAAGCAUUCUGAUUUCCCUGGAAGUAACAACGGAACCGGUCUCUUCCAGACCAUUGUUGGGUUGAAGAUUAGAGAUCUCUACGAGCAAAUUACCACUACCAAAACUGCUGCUCCAUUAGAAGAAACAAAAGCCUAA